ACUCAAGCUAUAUCUAAGGCUCUAUUAAUACUGGCUGCUAUUUUCGAAGAUAACUUAAAAUGCACUUCUUUGACCUUCAUUGAUAAAAAGAAACUGGUGGUCUUUUAAACAUAGUGACCUGUUUAAGAAAGUUUGUGCGUUAACCGUAUGUUAAACUCAGAAAACCGGUCUAAAGAUCAUAUUUCACAAUAGCACAAAACAUGAUAAUACCAUUUUUCUAUUGAGUGGAGGAAUAAAUAGAAAAAACAGAUUUCGAUUUUAUUUAUUGGAUGGAAAAAAACUAAGUAUACGUAAAUAUAAACAAAUAUAUUGAGGAGAUAUUUGUCACAGAAAGAGCUGGUGGAAAUAUUUGUACAUAUAUGCACACAUACUUGUAAACAUUUAUCACAUACACAUAUAAAUAUUAUUUGGAGCAUGGAAAUUUGUAAAGGUAAACCAGGUUUUUUAAUCCCGAAUCUCACAUCUGCAUCUGCGAUGGCUGCAGCCUCUGGAGAUGGGAAUGGUUCUAGUAGUGAUGGUGAUUCAGUCCAAAUGACAAUCUCUAAUAACAAUCAUCAUCAUCAUAACAAUAACAACAACAACAACGGUAAUCAUUCAAGCGGGGGAAAUUCUUUAAUUAAUUUGAGUAAAACUGUAUCUAAACAUAAUAUGGAUUCAGAUUUAGGAUCUGUUAAAAUGUAUAUAAACAAAUCAUUAUCUGAUAAUGCUUCUGCUAAAUCGCCACUUUCGUUACAUUUGGAGAAUUCUGGGAUAACACAUGAACAUUUGAUAACUGAAUCAAAUAAUGCGCUACAACAACAUCUUCAUUCUCAUCAUCAUCUUAAUACACAAUUAAAAAGAAGCCCUCCACCGCUUAAUCCUGUCCUUACUCUUCCCUCUGUCACAACUACCAUUUCAAAUGGAUCAUUCUAUUGUAAUUCGAUAAAUACCAGUUCUAAUCAUCAAAUAAGAUCAGGUAAACGUCCAGCGCCUACAACGCCGAAGCGAUUAUCAACAAAUUCUACAGAUUUUCAUUUUGACGAUGACUGUGUCAGUAAUUCCGGUUCUGAUAUGGAUGCUCAUGAGAAUUCGAGUUCCACAGAUGUUGAAGGUGUUUGGUCGAUGGAUAUAGAACAAUGUUUUCAGGAAGCUCUAGCAAUAUAUCCACCAUGUGGACGUAGGAAAAUUAUACUAUCGGAAGAGGGAAAAAUGUAUGGACGAAAUGAAUUAAUUGCUAGAUAUAUAUAUCAACACACUGGAAAGAUUCGAAGCAGAAAACAAGUUUCAAGUCACAUUCAAGUAUUGGCUCGUCGAAAAUCUAAAGAACUUCAAGCUCAAAUUAAGGAUCCUGAUACGAAACAACGAGCUAUUAUGCAUCUAUCAAUGCUCAGUUCCGCACAAAUUGUAUCUGCAGGAGUGCUUGGUUCCAAAACCUUACCGUCUAUCUCAACAUCUGGUGGAUUACCAGUGACAUCAUCUGGAAUUCAUCCAUCAACAGACGAUGAGAAGAUCAAUGAAAUUAAAUUGUCAAAUUCACAUCCUUUGAAUAUGACAAAUAAUCGAAGUGAUAUGCAUAGUUUAAUUGUUGAAGAUAUUGUCACUGAUAGAAGUCCUCAUAUUAAUGAUCUUAUACAUUCUAAUAAUAGAGAAUUAAAGAAUAAAAGUAAUGGUUUAUAUCUUGAAAAUCUACAUAAAUACCCCUCUUCAACAGCUAUCAAUAAUAAUGUUCAAAACAAUUUUACAAUUAGUAAUAAAAAUUUAGUUAAAGGUAAAUCUCAAGAAAACUGUUCAUAUUCUACAGUAAUACAAGAUGAUAAAACGACCCAAUAUAAUCAUAUCAAUUUAAAUCCCUCUAGUCAAGCUGCACUAGCCCAUCUUCUUCCUAUAAAUUCAUCUUUACCACCGUAUUCAUUUGAUAUAAGACAACAAGGAAAUAUGGUGAAUAAUGAUAGUUCACAGUUAUCUUAUCCAUAUGAGGCAUUUUUAGCCUUGAGAUCUCAACAACAGUCAAAUUUAUUCAGUCGAAAUUCGGAUACAUUAGAUUUACAUAACAAACUUCUUGGACCUGUCGAUAGUAAACAGCAACACGAAAUCGAUUCAAAACAACUAAAUUUUCCCUUGGCGUUAGAUAACCUUAUGACAAUCACUUCAAAUAAUCAUCGAAAUCAGUCGUCUUCUCCAUCAACUUCAUCUUUAGUAAAUAAUGGUAAUCGUUUACAGUCCACAUUACCAAUAAAUAAUUCCUCUGUUAUAUUACCAAAUUUACAACCUGAUGGACUAGUUCUUGUCAAAACAUCAGUUGGUCAGUUAUUAUACUGUCCAUCUAAUCACUAUAACAAUAAUAAUGAUAAUAAUAACGCGAUUCCUCAAAAAAUACAUAAUAGUACUACCACUCUCAACAAUAAUAUUGAUUCUUCCAUAUCCUCCUCAAAUUGCUCGUCAAUCUCUUCAUUAUCCUCAGUACCGAGUUUUACAUCAACUCUUUCAGUGCCUAAUUCACUAGGCUCUUCAAUGACAUCAACCACACCAUCAGCAUCAGCAUCCGUAGCAAUGGUAGCUGCACAUGUUGCUUCAGUUGCAACCUAUGAACAACAAUGUACAUCAAUAACAUCUGUUUUAUGGCCGACAAAUUCUUUACUGUCAUCAUCACCAUCAUCAUCUCAUCAUGCAUCUGUACUGUCAGCUAAAUCAAAUAUAAAUACAUUUCCUUCGACAGUUGCACCUAAACAAAAUCCAGUUUUAAUAGAACAAUUAAAUGUUAAUCAUGCUCACCGUAAUAACAAUAACAAUUAUAGUGAUUUAAUUGCAAAUGCAUUAGCAAGUACUAAUAAACAACUAAGUGACGAUGGAACAAUGAAUUUCUUACGAGAAAUUUCUUAUUCUUCAAUGAAUCCUUCAAGGGAUAGCGAUGAUUCUAUUUCAGAUUCCCCGAAAUAUUCUAGAAAAAUGAUUGUAGAGAGUGCAGAAAAAAAUAUAUCACUGUCAAAUGUAAAUGUUUCUACUAUGGUUACUAAUACAACACCAGAGGAUUUAAAAAAUAUCAACAUACCCAAAUGGAUGGGACGAUCAGUUACAGCACCUAAAAUGAGAUUGGUUGAAUUAAGUGCCUACAUGAUAAGUUCAACGUCGAAAUCCCAGUCCAAUGGAACUCAUACACAUGAUUUUCAUUUAACUACAACCCCAAAAUCGACGACGGUUGUACACAAUUUUGUUCACAUUGGACCCAUUUUAAACGAGCAAUUAUACACUGACCCAAAUUUGGAGCAAGUGGAUGCAAGCCAAAUCUGGGAUAAAUUUCCUGAAGACAGCCUAAAAGAACUUAUGGAACAUGGACCUAUGAAUACAUUCUUUUUGGUUAAAUUCUGGGCUGAUGUUAAUGUGAUGGUUGAACCAGAUGCCACAUUCGCUGUGUCAGCUAUUUUCGAGGGUACGGAAGACGUUCCAAUUAACUUAUCAACUAAAGUUUGCUCAUUUGGCAAAGAAGUAUUAGAAAAAAUAGAGGAUGAACAACCUAGACCCGAAAAUGGACGUUUUGUAUAUCGGUUUUUACGUAGUCCUAUGUGUGAUUAUAUGAAGAAAUUUAUUGGGAAGCUAUUACAAUUGCCUCAGCGAGAAUUAAUGAAUUCCGUUUUGGAGAACUUCACAAUCUUGCACGUCCUGACAAAUAAAUUAACAAAUGAAGUAUUAUUGUGUAUUGCAUAUGUAUUGGAAGUUGCACAAGAGGGUUGUAGGGCACAACAUCACAUAUAUCGAUUGACACGUUAUGGCUAAUUUCAAUGUACUAAACAGUGAUAAAACAGAAAAUCAGAAACGUGUAAAUUACUGGUUCAUUUUAUUAUUCAAAUUUUAUUUCAGUGAAUAAAUGGUGAAGAAGAAUUUUAGGUAUUUAAAAUUAUGUUGAAUUAUUGUCGACAGUAUUAAUAAUUUAUUUAUCAGAAAGUCUUUACUUUGGUAUGUAUGCAUAGUCUUCUCCUAGGGACUUCUUUAACUGUCUAUAUGUAAACUAUGCGAAUUCUCUAAAAAUAUCCUAACAUUAGCUAUUCCCUUACAUAUUAUGAAAUUAUUCUUGUCUGUUGUGGGCCUUUUGUGUCGUAUAUAAACUGAGUUUUUCUAUCCAUGAGUAAUGAGUUUGUUUCACCUACAUACCCUCGUGUGCAGUCGUUUUGUACAGACAUUGUACUGUCUUUUAUUGUCUUCGAUCGAUCCGGUGACGCUGUGCAAAUGAGUUUUACUUUAGAUUUAAAUGUGUGUAUGAUUCGGUACAUACAUAAGUGUGUGAAUUAGAAGAUCGGGAAAGAAUAUGCUGUAUACAUUUUAUUGAAUGUUACUUUGAAUAUUUUCUCUAGAUCUUAUAUGAAUACUCACUGAUCUAGAUUUCAGCACGAUUUUGUAGGCGAUUUCUUCCAGUUAUCGAUCCAACCUUACUUUGAAACCAAUAAUCGUGGUUUGUCAAGUGAACGUCAAACAUAAACAAAGUUUGUAUGGAAAAAAUUGCUUUUUAGCUUCUCUCUACAUUAUUUUACUUGGUGUAUAAUUCAAUAUACAUAAACACUAGUGUUGUAAACCUUUUAUGCCUAGACUAAUGUAUUUCAAAAAAAUAAUAAUUUAUCCGCUAACUUGUGCAACAAGUAUAAAUAUUUUGUGUCUGGAUUUCUAAUGAUAAUCUUUUAUUUCUUUCUUUUGUUUCACCUUCUACUUAUCUGUAUUUGUUUUAAAAUGUAAAAGAGAUUUCCUAAUAAUUGACGAAAAAUAUUUAGUCACGUAAAAUUGGUGUUUGCAAGGAUUGUUAAUGACAGCGUUGAUAAUGGCUAUUAAUUACACAGUUAUUACAUUCAAUGUUAUAAGUAGUUCGAACAAAAUGAACACUUUCGAUACUUCGGAAUAAUUAUACAAUGAUUUAUGUGGUAUGAAUAAGUAUAUGAUCUUGUUACAAUGAGGAAUAUUGUGUUUUUAUCAUAUAUAUAUUGUUAUGAAGUCAAAUCUUAUCGGUAUUUUCCAGCUACCUUGGUGAUUAUUUCUUGAAUUAUUGUUUGACUUUAUGCCUGCACACGAAAUACAAAGUGAUUCACAAUGAUUAUGUAUUUUACUCUGAUGUGAUGACAAUUAUGAUGUCAAUAGUGUAUUUUUUUCUUGCAAAACAGAAUAAUUAUUACUAUUAUCCAUUUGUGUAUUGUCUUUCCUAAAGUUUCAAACGUCUUUUGAAGUAAAUAGAUCUUUGGUUAUCGAAUAAUAAUUGUACACCAUGACACAUUAACAAUAAUAUUAACAUAUCAAUUAUUCCUAUCCUUGCUCUUUCUAUUAUUCGAUCAGUAUUUGUAAAACGCUGCCAAUAUAGUUAAUAAAACUGUUUCACUCCGCAAAACUCAAUAAUAAUAAACUCUUGUCUUCAAUUAAUUAAAAGCUACACUAUGUAUGUAUCGGCUGAUUUAUAUGAAUACUCUUAUUACUCUUUGUAUUCCUUAUUAAUAAAAACAAUAUUAUUACUGUUGAAUAUUUAGUUACUUGCAUGUAUAUUUUUACUAUUAUUCCUCUUCAUGGUAUGCCUGUUUUGUGCUUAUUUAUAUGAAAAUGAUUAGAUGUUUAUGUAUAUUUAUGUAUGUAUAAAAAACGGUGUUUUAUUCUAACACAGAAGAUAGAGAUGGAUGCAUUUCUUGACUAAAUGUAUUCCAUUCUGCUUUGAUAUUGUUUUCUUUUUCUGCACUAAUCUCUGUGUAAACCCAGUGUUCAGCGUAAACUCUCUUUUAUUAGUUGUUCCCUUCUUUUCUUUCCACCCUUUCAUUCUAGUAUAUUUUGAAUGUAACAAAAAAAAAUUAUGAGAAGAAAAAUCUAGAAUGAGAAUGAUAAAUUUUCUACCAGUUUUUUUUUCAUUUUUUAACACAAUAAUCGAUUAUAUUACGCAAGUGCACACGUAUACGCAUAAAUUUAAUGUACAUAUUAAUUAUCACUGUUAAUAUUAUGUUUGGCUCUUUUUUUUAGUUUAUUUUGCUUUUCUCUCUGACAAACUGACACGAUUUCUUCCUUUUUUUAUUCAGUUCUCUUCUGUCCUUUUAUCUAAAAUGUAAUGUGUAUGUGUGUGUUAUAAAGUUCACUGGAAACAAAAUCAUACAAAUACAUUAGAUAUAACAAAUAAGAUAAAGAUAACCUUAAUGUUAUAAAGUCAUCAGGCUGUUAGGUAAAAAAAAAAGAAGAAUAUUCAUCUUUUAUUUCCAAAUAUGUUUCUUUAUUUUUCUGUUGUAUGCGUAUGUGCAAACGUAUAUUUCAUGAAGUACUGAAAGUCAAAAUAUAACAUUUUAUCUG